AUGCCGGGCAUCGCAAUGGACGGACUGAGCAAGCUCGAAGCCGAGAGCGAACGACUGGCUGCCACGAUAAAGAGCUAUGUCAAGCAUCGGCGGGAUGUGGAAUCGUCAGACCAGCUUCGGGCAAGUCCCGACGCCAAUAUGGAAGUCAGCAGAACCAAGUCAGCCAUACUCGCCAGUAUAGCCAACAUAAAAACGCUUCUCGGUGGGCCGGUGGAAUUACUACAGGAUCUUGCUCGCCAGGUUGAGAUUGUGGCUUGUCUUAGGUGGCUCGCUGAGUAUCAGAUUCUGGCCUGUAUCCCCGCUGAGGGGAGCAUGUCCAUCCAAGACCUCGCGGACUUGGCUGGGGUUCCAGAAAUCCAGGUGCGCCGGGUAAUCCGUCUGAUGGGGACGUCUGGGUUCCUCCAGGAGCCCCUGUCAAAUUAUGUAUCUCAUACGCCGCUCUCGGCACAGUUCGUUACCAAUCAGUCAUGGCUGGACGCCGCGGUCUUCAUGGCAGAGCUAGCUGCACCAACGGCAUUGCAUAUGCCCACAGCGACACAUCGGUUUGGAGGCUCACGGCAUUCAACGGAGACAGCGUACAACCUGGCCCUAAAUAGUCUACAGCCGUUCGGUGCAGCCAUCCAGGAGCGGCCUAAGCUGGGCCGGCAAUGGUCGGCGUAUCUUCACCAUGCAGUGGGAUUGCACCAAGAAAAGAAAAUCGCGGACAUGCUAUCACAACUUAAAUGGUCCAGCCUUGGUAGCUCAUUCGUAGUAGAGGUUGGCGCCCAGUCCACGUCGAUGGCGCAUCAUCUGGCAAACAAGUUCCCUACCCUCCACCUGAUUGUUCAAAUCGACCGCUCGAGGGCCUCCAGACUGAACCCGGACUAUCUCUGGCCCGGUGAGAUGAUGAACGGGUUGACCCGCGAUUUUACGCCUCAACCGGAGUCAAGCCCUAGACCGGGCUCUGCUAGCAGUCGCGUCACCGUCACAUACCGCUCUGCGAGCAUGCCUCAACCGGUGGUCGAUGCGGCGGUUUACAUCCUCCACGUGCCUGUGCUCUCGACAAACUCCCCAGCGGGGGCAGACGCAAUGGACACUGUCAAGACCGAGCUGCAAGACUAUCUCGGCAUACUCCGGGCCACCGCGGGGAUCCUACUUAUUCCAACGGCAAACCUGCUCCCAGAACCUGGAAGCCUCUCUGACCCCAAUUUCGAGGCUGUAGCGCGCACACGGGACCUUAAUUAUCUGCAGUUGGCGAAUGAGGGUGAAAUGGAAAUGACGGAUCUAUUCAGUGCAAUCGAAACAACGAGGGAUGGGCUUGGGAGACUCGUCAUCACUAACCAGCUUCGUUCACAUAUCGGCCUUACGGUGUGUCUGACCUUGAAGCAUGAAACUUAUUGCUAG